CAUGGAGAUCAGUCACUUGCACACAAAACACCGAGUGGUAACGGAGCCUCAAGAUGAGGGAGAUCAACGUAUUUCAGUUGGCCAUUUGUGGAGCUUUGUUUUUCAUGCUGAUCUGUGGUUCACCGAGCAUCACUGCGGAGGACACAAAUCCACCAACGCUGUGGCGGCGUAUCGUAGCCGGAGUGAAGAACUAUCCCUGGCAUUCUGAUAAACCGGAGAGGGAGACACCUGAAAAUAUUCACAACAAAAGAGUUAUGUGGCAAAGGCUUACAAUGUCCACAGUUUUGUAAAGGAAUGUGCUUGUAUUUGUAGAAUAGAUUUAUCUGAAUAAAACUGAAGGCCAGAAGGCCA